UUUCCCUUUUCACCAGUAUAACGCAGCCCCCAACGAGAACAAAAUGGAAACGCCCACAACCACAAAGCUAUACGCCUUGUGUUCUCUGCUACUGGCUUUCCUCUUCCCUAUCUCCAACUCCGUUCAGUUGGAUGGCGGUAAACUCUGCCUGCCGGAAAAACAAACUUCCUUAUUCAUCUUUGGGGAUUCGAUCUUCGAUGCUGGAAACAAUAAUUACAUCAACGUAACUAACGGUUUCCAGGCAAAUUUUGAGCCGUACGGUGAAACUUUCUUUAAGUACCCCACCGGUAGAUUUUCCGAUGGCCGUCUGAUCUCAGAUUUCAUUGCUGAGUAUGCAAAGUUACCGUUAAUUACACCAUAUCUACAUCCUGGUUAUCAUAGUUAUAUUGAUGGGGCAAAUUUCGCAUCAGCUGGAGCUGGUGCUCUUGUUGAAACUCUACAAGGAUCGGUGAUAGACCUUACGACUCAACUAAGUGUUUUCAAGAACUUAACGAGCCUGUUUAGAAAAAAAUUGGGUGAUGCAGAAACCAAGACAUUUUUAGGAAGAGCAGUUUACUUAAUUGACAUUGGAAGCAAUGAUUAUUCAAUCCCUUUCACUACGAACUCCAGCAUGCUUCAGUCCAUUUCUCAACAAGAAUUUGUAGAUAUGGUGAUCGGCAACUUGACUAUUGUGAUCAAAGAAAUAUACAAGGAAGGAGGAAGGAAAUUCGGGUUUCUGAGCCUGCCGCCAUUGGGUUGUGUACCAUUCACGAGAGCACUAAAACCAGGAAAUACAGGUGCAUGCUUUGAGGAAAUAACAGCACUAGCAAAACUGCAUAAUGCAGCAUUUCUUAAAGUCCUCCAGACGCUAGAGCGUCAGCUCAAUGGAUUCAGAUAUUCAAUAGCCGAUGUGUACACUGCUUUUAGUGAAAGAAUAAAUAACCCUUCAAAAUAUGGGUUCAAGGAAGGAAAGACUGCAUGUUGUGGAAGUGGCCCAUACAGAGGAAUACUGAGUUGUGGAGGAAAGAGGUCAGUGAAAGAGUAUGAAUUAUGUGAGAAUGCUAGUGAAUAUGUCUUUUUUGACUCUGCUCAUCUGUCUGAAAGGGCCAACCAGCAAGUUGCCAAGCUAAUGUGGAGUGGAACUUCCAAUAUUACUACAUCGUACAAUCUCAAAGCUCUGUUUGAACUUUGAACAAUGUAAGAUUUGAUAAAGAACAAGGGAAUCAUAAAUAUUAUCAUAAUAAAUAAAAAUAUAUAAAAAUAAAAUAAAGAAAAGAGGAAGAAAUUAAAAGGUAUGAUACUGGUUCACACCAAACAACCAAAUUUAAUAAAUAUGUUGUGUAAUUCAAAUCCUCUCGUCUUACUCUCAACAUUUGGAAUGUACACUGAAUGAUUGGCUUUA